CUAAAUUCUCGCAAGAAACAAAGUAAAAGAAAGAAAGAAAGAAAGAAAAGAAGAAGAAAGAGAAAAACAUAUUCUCCUCAGAGUAGAUUCUCAACUUCUUUACAUGAAUCAAAACUGAGAACACAAUUGGUCUCUUCUUCUCAUAGAGAUCAUACCCUUCUUUGUUCGGUUAUUCUCCUCACCAAUGGAUUCAUUUACUACUCAGAAAACAAAACCAAGAAAGACGAAGAGGCUUGCGAGAAAGUCUCGUGUUCAGAUCAUCUUGGAUAUUGUUUCUCGGGCGAUCGAGACAAUUGUUGUUCUGGUUACGGUUGCUAAGCUCUGCUACCAGCUCGUUGUGGCGUUUCAUGACUCUGGUGUCGCCGCGGUUAUACUCGCAAACCGUAACCUCGCGUUUGUUGUGGGAAACGCGAUAGUCAUUGCUCUAAUCGCUAAAUCCGGCCUUCUCUCGAAUCAAGAAGCUGUUCCGAAGUACAAAAGCAACGAUCUUUACGAGGAGUUUGUUCGGGAGAGCUCAAAGAGAGAAGGAGUUCAACGGUCCGAGAUGAGAAACAGAGGAAAACAGAGCGAAGCAGAGAACGAGGCUGAACAGAGCAUAACCGAAACCAGACCAAAACAGAGUGAAUCAGAGAAAGAAACGCAGAGCAUAACUGAGAACAUAGCAAAGCAGAGCAAUUCCGACCAGGGAGAGGGACAGGUUGUAGUUGAGAAGAAGACAAAAAAGAGCAUUUCUGAGAAGAGAGUGAAAAGGAGCAAACAUGAGAAGCUAACAGAACAGAGCACUUCCGUGAAGAAGAUGGAGAAACAGAAUUUGGCUGAGGAGAGGCAGCAGAUACAGAGUUACCAACGAAGCAAGUCAGAGAAUGUGAAGGGUUUAAAGAAGAGUUGUUGUGGAAGGUUAAGGAGAUCGGAGACAGAUGCUUCUUCUGAAAGAUUUGAUUCUGACGAUGAACUCCGAUACAAGAUCGAGUCUUUCAUUGCCAAGCAGAGGAGAAAUCAAAAUGAUGACUAGUUUGGUGUAUGUAUUUAGACAUGAAAAUAUAUCAAGAUGCAACAAAAUAACGAUAGUUUUUUGCAAAUAUCAUUCACGUUAAAUU